AUGGACCAAUGCGGUCGCCUGUACAACCAGUGCAAUUACUCCAAAAAACUGUCUCGUGACAGUUUACUAUCUCCCUCAAUGAAUGGGCCGCCUAACUGGGACAGGCUUCCAUCUGUUUCUCCUAUUGAGAAACGCAAAAUUAUGCUUGAUAGCAGAGGUCGCCGUUUGUCGACCAUGGGGCCUCCACCAUUACCGUCAUUAUUGAAGUGUGAUACCACUCGGCAGCUUCGACCCCAUAUUUCAACUGGAAGGCUUUUUGCUAGAGAUCCACAUCAACCUCUGUCUGCCUCUCGGCGUCAUUCAAUUCACCCACCACAACUCAUGGGGGUAGCGUCAUUGUUGAGCGCACAAAACAGCGACGACAGGUGGAAGAAGAAGAGCAGGGAGAAAGAGAAAGAACGUGCCCGACAGAAUGCAGCCGCAUUGGAGGAAAAAUGCAAGGCUAACGAGGAGAAGAAGAAUGCUCAAGAAGCGGAAGCCGUGAAGCUGAUACAGGAGGUUGCAGAAGCAGCUAAAUCUCCUUCCCAGCAAGCGCUGCAGCUCGAUGCCACAACCCAACUUCCAAUGCCUGUCAAGCCAAUAGGACAACCGCCAUCUUUGAGAGCACUGGUCGAUGGCAUGACCAGGAAAGACUUCUCCUUGAAUGAUGUGCUCCACAAGAGCUAUUCGUCUCCCAGGGGCAAACCUAGAUUCAUCACGGCUAUCACUCGCGUUGUCCCAACGUCUCUAUCCCAAUCCCAAACGUCAUUAGCCCAGACUCUUCUUCCUGCUCCUGCUAACAUGCACACUGUAUCAUUUCAUAACGUCUUGCCCCUUGGUUUUUUCGUCCAGUAUGCACUUAAUCCCCAUGUCCAAGGAAUACUGUGUUAUCAAGGUUAUUGCCCGUCUAUGUCGUUCAAGUGCUCUGCGUCUCAAGCUACUGGUUAUCCGCUUGCCUACACUGCUGCUAAAAUCGCCCUCGGAAUCAAGGACAUCAUCCGCGCUUACCGCAAGUUUCUUGACAUCACCCUCUUCGUCAAACAUAUCGAUACUUGGCAACCAUUCGUCGUCCUCUUCACCAAAACCGACCCAACGUACCAGCAGGGUUUUCAGAUCGAAGGAUCUGCCAAUGUCGAUGGACGCAUGGAAAGUCUAUCUGGGACGACUUCUCCAAGCAACCUGGACAGAGAAUGGACGGCCGAGACAGGGAUGUGGCCACUGAUUCAUACAGGCUCUGGAAGGAGGACAUUGCAUUACUUGCUCAGUUUGGCGUCAAGUCCUACUGCUUUUCCUUAUCUUGGUCUCGUAUCAUCCCGCAGCAAGAUCUUCUCAAGCUCUCCAAUGAAAUGGACCUUGAUAUUCACAAUGCCUGUGGUGUCGCAGCUCACUGCACUGGCUGAGGGUCUGGCACAGCAGAAGAAAACAAUUUCCAGACAGCAUUUUGAUGUGGAAUCUCUCGUGACGGAUGGCGACAACGAUAAAGUAAACAAUGUUUUGGGAGUUCCUAAAACUAUUUGGACUGUGCAGGAGGUCAUUCUACCCAUCAUCCGGUUCACCCUUGAGAACAAGUUAAUCGACGCCCUUGCCUUCCGUCUUCACGCAAUAUCACCGAACAUAUCAGGCUUAUUACGUCCUGGCUAUACUACAAGCAAUGUCUCCAGUUCUACAUGUUCGUCCAACACCCCUCCUCAUCAUUCAUACCACCCACCCCCAUCGAUCUCUUCAUCAGCAAGGACAAACGCAUCUACACGAGAAUCUGAUGAGUUUUCCAGUGGAUCACUUGCCUCCAUACCGCAAGAUGUCCAUCGCGGGUCAAGUUCUGGCUCGUCAAAUCUGUUAUGGGGUGCUCCUACCUCCUCCCGUCCUUCGCCGCCAAUUGCGCCCUCGCCAGAUCUGCUAGGCCGCAGGCUGCAAGACAUUCUACCCAUUCAGAUACUGGCUGGAGAUCGAGUACUUGCGCUGCUUGGAGACUCCAUUUCUCAGUUCUACGCUGCUGAUGAGGAACGGCCUCGAGUAACUUUGAAUACAAUCCAGGACAAUGACUCAUCUCCCUCGCGCUCUGCUGACAGAUACCAAGAGGUUGCUGCACGUGCUAGAACAGUUAUCGAACGCUCAUGCAACUCAGUUCAUCCUCUCUCGGCGGCUUUUUCUUCGUUUUCCAGGGAACAGGGAUUUGAAGAUUCGGAUGAAGCAGAAUUGUCAUUUGACCGUUACGUAGAGGGUCUCAGUGAAGAGGACUCCAUGGAUAACGAGAGAAGACGCAGGGUCAUGGCUCAUAAUCGUUAUGAUCUUGCCGGCAAAAAUGAUGAAGACGAUGACGACCCCUCCCAUUCAGACAGUGUGCAUGAGAUCAUCCAAGGUCUUCAUAAUGCCCGCGGUCUACCCGAGCAUGGCGUAGAAACUGGUAAGCCCGUUCAUUGUCUGGGUCACCUUCCCGCCAUGAGCCGCCCAAUCAUCCUCCAGCUCGCUAUCCGCCUUCAUUCCUGCUUGCAUUCCUCUGCUACGACAGUAUCCAGCAACUCAUUAGUAUCAGAGAGUGCCGCAGAACAUCGCCGCACCAAUGCCAGGGCGCAUCUUCGCUCUCAAUUGUUUGCUUCACGUACCAGCUCUGACGAGCCUCCUCAAGACAGUUCAGACAUUUCAAGUUUGACUGCAGCUGCUCGUUUGAGGUGUCUUAUAGCCAGUCAAACGGACUCCUCAUCGACUACAUCUUCCCACCCUUUGUCAUCUGGUCGAACAAGUGACCUUCCUUCAAGACCGUUCGCAUCAAACGGUCCGGGGUCACCUUCUCAGUUUCCACGAGGAGGCUUGAACGAAUGGGAGAGAGCACGAUUUUCCAAGAUGUUAUCCAAACACAGACAUCCGCAGACAAGAAGUGGGACUAACAGAUCUCUGUCAAGAGACCGCAAUCACCUCUCUUCUGAAGACUCACCCGACAGUAUCUUUGACCCUGUGUUCGCCCUGAUCAAUGCUAUCCCGGAUUCAACAAACUCAGCUGAGGGAGAUGUGCAGCCACCAUAUGUGUUGAACGGUGACACAUCUGGGAGAUCUAAUCCUUCUAGCAGCGUUAACUUGGAUAUGUUCCCGCCUGGAAUAUACCACGAUUCGUUGCGAUGGUCAAUACAAGCGAACCAAGCACGUGGUGAUUCCCGUGUACCAGAGCCAGAACUGAUGCCUCCCGUUCACGAGCCUUCCACAAUGUUUUCUUUCGGGAACUCUGAUGAGGAUAACGAUAGCGAUGGCAUGGAUUCUUACUUUGCCUUUGGUAUAUCGCCAAGGCGUGGAAGGGAACGCACAGCAGCCACGAGCGCACGGUUUACAUCAAGGCAUAUGAUGCCAGAGCCUGCUGCUCCAGCAACAUCCUUGGCUUUUGGCAUCGACUCUCACAACACAUCCAUGCAGGGUCAUAGCGCCUUCACUGGUGUCCAAAGCGUGCCUCUUGAUCCAUUCUGGUCUAGCAGUAGGCGUGAUGCCCCCGCACACGACCCACCCCCCAGUGGCGCAACGUUCCUCAGCCUCAUCAGGGACCCUUUGGAAGACCUGGGAAUGCUUCACCUCCGGUAG